AGCACGAUGUUCCUGGUGGGACUCUCGGGUGGGAUUGCAUCAGGGAAGAGCCCGGCGGUGGCCAUGCUGCAGGAGCUGGGCUGUGCCAUAGUGAUCGACGCCGACCUUAUUGCCAGGGAGGUGGUGCAGCCCCACUCCAAGGCCCACCAGCAGAUCCUGCGGUACUUUGGCACUGAGAUCCUCCUGGAGAACGGCGAGAUAAACCGCGAGGCUCUCGGGAACAUCAUCUUCUCCCAGCCGGAGAAACGGCGGCUGCUGAACUCCAUCACCCACCCCGAGAUCCUGAAGGAGAUGCUGAAGCAGAUCCUGAAGUACUUUGUGCUCGGAUACCGUUACAUGAUCCUGGACAUCCCUCUGCUCUUCGAGACCACGGUCUUGGUUUAUUGUGACCCCCCCGCGCCGCGCGCGCGGCUGAUGAGGCGGAACGGGCGGGACGCGGCCGCGGCCGACGCCCAGAUCAGCUCCCAGAUCCCACUGGAGGAGAAGCUCCGGUGGGCAACUCACGUCAUCGACAACUCGGGGGACCGGGAGAGCACCCGCCGGCAGGUGCUGCAGCUCCACGCCCGCCUCGAGGAUUCCCUGGAUUUCCUCUGGGCCCGGCUGGCGGUGGGCGCGGCCGUCGCCGGGCUCGGGGGACUGGUGUUCCUCCUCCUGUGGCAUCUCAUCUCCUAAUUCACCUUUUCUCUUAGUCAGGGAAGGGGCCUGAAUUCCCUGGUUUGAAAAGGGCACCAAAAGGCCACCUCUGUUAAUGAUCUUUGCCAGCUGAAUGCAGAGAGCGGCGAGAGGUGUCUCCUUGCACAGUUCCCAAGGUGAAUGUAGCCGGGGGGGGGGUUUCCGGCACCUUCUCCCUGCUCAGGUUCUUGCCCACCGGCUGUGCCUGUGGGGGAGGCUCUUGUUGUCCCCCCUGUGGGUCUCUAUGGUGGGACUUCGGUGAGUUGAGGCAUUUUAAUCCGAGACGAUCUCAUUCUAAUCCAGCACAAUCUCACUUUAAUCCAGGACAAUUUUACUUUAAUAUGGGACAAUCUCACUUUAAUGUCUUCCAGGACAAUCUCUUCCCUGAGAAGAGGUGGCCUCUUGGGCCCUGUCCCUGGGGUGAUCCCCUGCAGCUCAGCCCUCCUAAUCCGAAUUUAGACCUGGGAUUUCCCCUCUCUCACAUUGAUUUAAUGGAAACGUGUUAAAUCUGCCUGGGGGGGACGGACAGCACCUUGUUCACGUGGGUCGGGUGUUCAGGUGGUUGCUCUCCUCCCUCCCGCCCUCUGCUUCUGUAGCCAUCGCUCAUGGGUCACCCUUGUCUUUGGAUCCGAGGGUCUGAUACACCCUGGAGCAGGCAGAGACCUGGGUUCUGCCUCGUUCAGACUCAUUUCCUGCUGUUUGAGCUUCCUUCGACUUUCCUGGCAGGAGAGCCAAGCCUGGGCGAGGCAGGUGCUGGCUCUUCACUUGUGUUUUAAUAAAACACUGAACAACAGCUGCUCCCGCGGCUGCUCCCGCA